GGAUGAUCGGGGAGUCUCCGAGGAAGAAAGAGAGGAGGUAGCGACUCGGCACCGGCGGUGACCGGUUUCGUUUUAUUUUAGCUGGGCUGUCGAAGGCAUCUGGUUGUGUGGCAUUCUCCCCGCGGACCAUCGCCAUCGCGAUCGCACUUCGCGCGAGACCGACUCGAAGAGACAAUCGAUAAAGGAAGAGUGCGAGGCCCCGCGUCACGAUGGAGGCGAUCAAGAAGAAAAUCGCGGCGCUGAAGCUGGAGAUGGACGCCGCGAAUGAGAAGGUCGAAGUGAACGAGACGAAGGCGAAGCAGGAGAACGUAAGAGCCGACAGGCUCAACGACGACCUCAGGGACUUGCAGAAGCGAUUGGCCCAGUUGGAGCGCGAUUACACUGUCAGCAAGGCACAACUGGAGCAAUCCACCGCCGAUCUGGAGCAAUGUGAGAAAUCCUGGUCCAGAGCGGAGCAAGAUCGGACUGUCCUGACGAAGAGGGUGCAGGAGAUCGAGGCGAGUCUACACAAGAAAGAGGAGCUUCGUCUCUCCGCGCAACAAAAGCUGGCACGCGCGACCGAGCUCGCGGACGAUGCGCAAAGAAUGUGCAACGUCUUGGCGGACAGGAGUCGUCUGGACGAGGAGCGCAUGGAGAAGCUCAUGUCGGAGCUGAAAGACGCGAGACUGAUCGCCGAGGACGCCGACGCCAAGUCCGACGAGAUCUCCAGGAAGCUGCAGUUCGUCGAGGAAGAACUGGAGGCCGCGGAGGAGCGGGUGAAGACCAGCGAGGCUAAAAUCGUGGAGCGCGAAGACGAGCUUUUCAUCGUGCAGAACAUCGUCAAGUCCCUUGAAGUAUCCGAAGAGAAGGCAAAUCAACGAGUGGAGGAUUUCAAAGUGCAGUUAAAGUUACUGAAGAAGAAGCUGAAGGAGGCGGAAAAGCGCGCGAUCACGGCCGAGAGGACGGUGAAGGCGUUGCUGAAGGAGGUGGACAUGAAGGAAGACGAGCUCAGAGAAGAGAAGGAGAAGUACAAGGCGGUCUGCGACGACAUGGACGCGACGUUCGCCGAGAUGACGGGAUAUUAGAGUCCUAGGAUUCUUCCUCGCUGCUUGAUUCCUCGCUUCGCUCCUCCGCUUAUUCGCUAUCUGUAUAUCUACGCGUGCUUAGGCUGCUGUGCUGUGCCACCAUGCGUUCGCCGCGAAGUGCCUUCAUAAGCGCCAGUAGAAAUAACCCGCUUCGCGCGGGCCGCGCAGUAACGCGACUGACGGACACGCUGAUAUGCACCUCGUCCGCUUGCUAUAAUCGCCUCGUUUUGUUUAACACCUUGCCAAGAGCGGCGGCCCAGUGUGGCGCAACUGGUUCAUGGUCGCUCGUGCUAUCAAUCGCUCCUUGUCGAUCGAGCGCACUGACGAUCUCGUUUGUUUCUCUCUUUUUUCAGAGCCGUCGGAGGGACGCUGUCGUCCAUUGCGCGCGUAUUACGUCUUCACGACAUCACGCGAACUUUUUAUCGUUCUAUGUGAAAUCUGUAUUUUCAAUAAAUGACAUCA